AUGAGUCCGAGAUCGGAACCCUUUUAUAAUGAAAAAGUUAGUGAAAAACGCUUGUUCCUUGCAUCGCAGAAAGAAGUCGAGGACAAAGCUGCCGAAUUAAAGGACGUUAUAAACGCACUGGAGGAUCUGGCCAUGAAAUAUGACCAGAAAUGCAGCGCACUGGAUGCACGAACCAAAGAACUAGACGACCUCACAGCUGAGUAUGAAACCCUCAAAAAGAAGGCUGACUCGAAAAAAACGGUGGAAGCCGAAGUACGCAAAGCGACCAACGAAGUAAAGACAAAGAUAAGCGAAUCGCUGAAGGAACUUAUCAAGGAACUCUAUGAUGUUGGCGUCUUGAUUGCUCCCGGCUUGAAGGUUAGGCUUUGGUCUCCCUAA